UGAAACUCUCUUCCUAUGGAGUCUGUCUUAUCUCUCUGUUUUAAAAAACAAAAUUGAUUCUUGCAAGUGAAGGCAGAUCAACGAGAGUUAAAAACAAAACUGGUGGGAUUUCGAUUUCAUCACCGUCUCUGAAAUUCUGGGUCUUUUUGCCUUUUUCGGUGGGGAAGCUUUUAAGGUUCAGCUGGGGAUUGGAUAUUAGCUAUAUUUGUGCUUCAUAUUAGAAACUUUUUCUUGUGCCGAAAGAUUCCUAACGAAUCGUCGCUACGGUUAAUUAAACAUAUGGCUUUGGCCUUUACUCAUCUUUCAUGGUGGUUAUGGAGUGGGAAACAUCAAGAACCUAGAACUGCCAAUAAGUCCUCUUUAAGUUCCUCACCUGAUUCAGGGUUAUGGGAAUCAGAUAACCUGAAGUUUCCUUGGAUUAAGAGGGCUAAUAUGUCUUCUUCGUCGAGAAGAGUUAAGAGGAAAUGGCACAGCCGGGAGGAAAGAAAGAUCGAUAGGGAAUAUGAUGUAGUUCUUGUGCCAUCUGAUGGAGGGUGUGUGUCGGGGUCCGAGUCUGAUGGUUCUGAUUACUCCAUUGGAUGGUUAGAGCCUCAUGGACCUGGAUUCCAGAGUGAUGAUGAUUCGGAUAACAGUUUUGCAGUAUUGGUUCCAUGUUACGGGCACAAUCAGGAUAAUGUGGUGGCAGAUUCAAAGAACAAUAUUCUCGGUGCCAUUGUCAACCUUCCUGACAAUUAUUCUGCUGAAAGCAAAAAGUACGUGGAACAAUGGCUUUCUUCCCUGCAGACUAACUGAUGUCAUGCACCAAUGAAGAUUGCAUAUGAAUGCCCGUCUGCUGGAAGAACGUGGUCUAGUGUUUAUAAGUAUUGUACAAAGAUAUAGAUAGCGUAAAUUCUUUUAAAGAAGAUAAGAAGAUGGAGGGCGGACGAAUGACUUGCUUCAUCGAUUUGUUUUUGCAAAUAGAAGAGGAUCGGAACAGAUAUCAACCGAUGAGCAGCAGAAACAACAGUGAGGGGACCAACGUGGUGUGAAUAUGGGACUAGACAUGUCCUCUUCUGCUGUUUCCUUUGAGAACAAAAGAGAAUAGAGCCGACGAUAUGUCUUCCUUGCAUGCCGUGAUCAGAUGAAGUAGAUUAAUGUCCAUUUGUGUCUGUGUGUGUGUGUGGUAUAUUUAUUGGGAGAUUUGGCUAGGAAUAAAGGGAGAACGUUGUGUGUGUAUUCUAAUUCUUUGCUGUAAAUAUCAGUGUACAUACAAAAAUCUGAAGCAGAUUUAUGUUCUCGUUGUACUGCUGUAAAUAUAAUAUUCGA